AUGAGAAAGAUAAGUUCACUCGUUCUAGCAGCUAUCCUUGGACUGACUGCUGUUGUACAAGCCGAUCGACCCAAUGACCUCGUUAAAUCAAUCCCUAAUUGUGGAGAUUCUCUUCCAACUAAAUGGUACAGUGGUUACCUCGAUGUAUCAGAAACUAAAUCACUUCAUUACGUUUUUGUAACAUCAGCAAGCGAUUAAGCCGCAACUGAUCCAGUUGUUGUCUGGUUCAAUGGUGGCCCAGGAUGCUCUUCAUUACUCGCAUUGUUUGCUGAACAUGGCCCAUAUGUCUUCGAUGAUGGAGAAUUUGUCAUCAAGCAAAAUCCAGAGCCAUGGAACAAAAGAGCCAACGUUCUCUAUAUAGAAAGUCCAGCUGGAGUAGGAUACUCUUAUGCAAAGACAGAUGAAGACACUCAACACAAUGAUCUAUCAUCCUCAAUGGAUUCCUUUGAAGCUAUCAAGAUUUUCUUCACUGACUUCAAGGAAUACCUCAAGAAUCCACUUUUUAUUUCAGGAGAAAGCUAUGCUGGCAUCUAUGUCCCCUACUUGUCAUGGUAAAUUCAUCAAUACAAUCUCUAAGCUGACUGGUCAAAUGAUGAAACUAUUACCAAGUAUAACCUCAAGGGAUUCAUUGUCGGCAAUGGUGCUACAGAUUGGGAUUUAGACAUCUACCCAGCCUAUCCAGAGGUUCUUUAUAAUUUCAACAUGAUUGACAAAGAUCUGUUGGCAAACUUUAAACAAAGUGACUGUCAUUAUUACUUCAAUGAUGUCAAGAAAUACCCAAAUAAACCAGAGUGUGCUGCUAUGUGGAAAACAAUCUAGGAUGCCAGAGGAAACUUAAAUUGGUAUGACUUAUUUAGAACAGAAGUUCCUAAGGGUCCAAUUCUUCAGGCUGUAAACAGAGAAGGCUCAGUUAUGAUUGAUGGUGUUGAGAAGACUUAUACUAGAGGAUUUACUAUGCAAGAGUACACUCCAUGGGCUAAGCAUUUGCUCACUGAUACCCCACAUGUUUUGGGUUAGAGUCUCAGUGACUAUGUUAACAGUCAAGGGUUAAGAGACGCUUUUCAUAUUCCCUCAAAUUUGAAAGGAUGGAAUCAAUGUGCUAAUGGCAAUAGUUUUACUUAUCACUAUCAAUACGAAGGAUCAGUAUGGAUCUAUCCAAUUUUGAAGGCUUAUAAUUAUCAAAUUCUUGUAUUUUCAGGUGAUACUGACGGUGCUGUUCCAACUCUUGGAACCAGAAGAUGGAUUCAAAACUAAAAUUGGGAGAUAACAAAGCCAUGGAGACCAUGGGUCACUGAUUAGCAAACCUCAGGCUACAUCAUUGACUACGAUAACGUUAAAUUCGCAACAAUUCAUGGUGCAGGCCACUUGGCUCCAUAAUGGAAGAGGAAGGAAGCUAACAAGCUUUUCACCUCAUUCAUCCACGGAGAGGAUAUUGUCUGA